ACGGAAAUGUUCGUACUAUUGAGCGGAAAUCACUGCCUUUAAGACCUAGGCUUGACAAUCAGCAAAUACAGCAAAAACUCCUGAAGGAAGACAACAUAAGGCUUGACGAACAUGGACAAACUGUACAACCUGUGUGGUUUCUCCCGAAGAUGGUUUCUGUAGCAAGGACCAUGAUUCAUCAAAUGCAAAUAUGA